AUGCAGAGCGUAUACAGCAAAUGCGCCAAGGCGGCCAUCUUUGCUGAGCUUCAAAAUGGUCUCGAGCCAUUCAUCUACUGGCACGUCACCGAGUCCGUCCAGGAGGCCUAUACGCCCGCCUCCAUCGGUCUGUAUCAGGAGGAGCGUGAAGUAGAAGCACUCGUGCUCGAGCGCGGCUCUGAUGUGCGCGACCGUGCACUCGGCCGCUUCAUCUCGUUGCUCCACCACUUCCACGCUGCCCGCCCACGAGGCAACGACGAGGCUCAAGAUGCGCUCAGCCACCUCCUAUCCGUCUUUGAGCAUCUAAGCCCGCCUCCGCCCUUCACCGAGUUCCAUUAUUAUCGCAACGAUAUCGACGACUACAUCGCAGAGCAGAGGCAGAAUUCUGGCCUACUUGCCGCCGACCCAGACUGGCACCCGCGGCCCAAGGUGGCGGGCAACUACCAGUGGAAUGUCGAGUUCAAGCGCGCGCUCGAGCUCACCAAGACAGCAUACACGGAUGCAUGCGCCCGCUUCGAGCACCGCUUCAUCCUCGGCACUGAAGCGGACCUCGAGCUCGUUCAGCUCUUCGCGCAGGAUCAGCUCGUCGAGCUGGCUUCCAUGCAUGCUGCUAAGCCCCGCCAUGUCCCAGCACCCCCUCCGAGUGCCGCCAGCGCCGCCCCGUCCACCUCGUCCUUCUGGAAUCAAAGGAUCGGCUCUACCAGCACUGCCCCAUCGUCGCCGCUUCCACAAUUCGAGGAGACGCACUUGGUCCAGGCCGGUCGACAGUUCCGUGCGGCCUGCCUCGACGACGUGCGCACCCGCCAGUCUCUGGGCGUGCGCGUCUCGGAAGACGGCAAGGACAUCACCGUGGUCCUCUCCAAGGCGCUCAAUCCGGACACCAAACCGGACCGCCUGAUCCAACGCGCUCGUCAGCGCUACGACCCUACACAGCAAAUCAGGGAGGUUGAGGAUGAAUCGCACGAGGAGGCCGCCAUUCGGAGCGCCAAAGACCUGAUCAGCUCGGCGCUGCGCAUCCUCAGCACGCGCGACGGCGAGCGCAACGUCUCGCUCCGCAUCGACGCACACAACUUGCGCGGCCACAUCAAUCUGCGUCUCGCCGAGCUCAAGCCGCGCUCCGAAUCCAACUACCUCAGCCGCGCCGUGGCCGACUGGACUGCCAGUAUCGAGCUCGACGAGGACCAACCCGAGAUCCGAGAGCAACUUUCUGGAGCCAAGGCGCGCGUGCAGUCGGGCGCGAAGCAAGACGCGGCACCCAGCUCGGACCUGGCGACAGCGGAUGGCACGGCUCAAGACGCAUCGGCCGCGCCGACUGAACAGGCUGCAAAGACGGCCGAGACCGCGCCUAUGAACGGAAAGAGCUCGAAGACAACGGAGUCUGCCAAAGAUGCGCAAGUCGAAGGCAUAGCAGGCAAGGAGAGGGAAAAGACGAUUCUCGAGUCGCCGUUCUUCGGUUCCGACCUGGUGACCGGCAUGAUGGUCGACGCGCUCCUUGCACUUCCGUUCCCGCAUCGCGCCCUGCGCGAGACUCUGCGUCUCCCACCGGCAGCGGCGGUUGCAGCCGCGAGCCACGACCAUGUGCACAUGCUCGAGCGUCUUGCCAAGGCGCACCAGGCCACCACCAAGGCGCUCACGUCCGAGAACAGGGCGCAGCUCAAGCACGCCGUCAAGACGGUCAGUGCCGUGCUGGCGCUUCCGGACCUGCAGCACGUAGGGCGCAAUGCCGACUCCCAAAUCAGACUGCGCAGCACCAGUCUCCGCCUCGUGCUGGGCACGCUGUUUCUGCUGCUCAACGAUCAUGUGCGCGCGCACGGCGAGCUGGAUCUCAUCUCGAACGCGCUCAAGCCCAACACGCGCGGCGAAGCCAAGGGAGGCAAAAAGGCAAAGCCAGACCAGGAUGCUCGGACCGAUGCCGUUGCGGGAGGCUCGGGUGGUGGAGCAGAGGAGGCCAAGGUGGAGGAGAUGCAGACGAGGGUGCAGGGUGAAGCACUGCUGCUGCUCGCCAAGACGUGCUGGUUGACCAACAAGGUGCAGGAGGCGCUCAAGUUUUUCCGCUGGUUCGUCAAGUGGUACGCGGACCAGCAGGCGCCCAACGCCGAUGUCGAAGCAGAGCUGGAUGAACAGAUUGAGCAGCUGGAGCGCAGUGUGGCGGACCUGGACAUGCGGUGGUGGGACGCACUGCUUGUGGUUGACAAAAAGUAA